AACCGAGCCCGAAUGCCUGAAAUAAUGGACAAGCUUAUCGAAAAUCCCCUGGCUGAAGUGGCUGGCAUAUUCAAUUCUAGUGAGAAAGAUGCGAAACUCGCCCUAGACGCCGUUCUGCUGUACUUCCGAAACAAACUCGAAUUCUCUUCGAACGAUUUUCAAAAGAUUCCCAGUUUGAACGAAGCCAACCACAACGGCUUGCCAAAUGGCAGUUUGGUACGCUUCCGCGGUAUGAUUCAAGACAUAUACGAUCCGGAGUACUUCAUGCCGUCGUACAGGAAUGAGUCAGAUAUCGUCCCAUCGAUGUUCCGCGAUCCGGACGAGAAAGAACUCGGGUUCUUCGCCGAACACGACAACAGGAGUCUCAUGGAACGCUCCACAUGGCAUUGCAUCGCUCUGCCUGGGGAAAACACAUGGGUUACGGAAAACUACUCCAAAACAGCUGGGACCCACUACGGGGUACCAGCGAAGCGAAGUAGAUCAGACGAGAUGGAGGUCGAGGCUCAGGAACCGAACGCAAGCAGACCAUGGUGCUUUCCCGUGGAUAGCAAUCAAAUAUCGUGCAUCGUGAAAGUUUACAACGCUGGCGACGAAGCGCGACUCAACGAAAUGGUCGAUCUCGUCGGAAUAUUGUCGCACGUGACUGACCAUGGCGAGCCUGCGGACGGACCAGGCUCGGAUGAGUUCAAAUUCAAGAAUCCCUCAACGUCUCAAGUCCCCCGAAUCCACGCUGUUUUCUGCAAAAAAUUGUACCACGACAACCCCCUCCUCGGGCGGCAUAUAAAUAUCGAGAGCAGUAUCCAGCGUCGACGCGCACUCGACGAGGCCCAGAUGAAUCGGCAAGAGCUUCUGAGCGUUUUCAAAAAACUCUUCUACGGGGACGAGCACUGCGCGGAAUAUCUUUUGAUGUUUCUGAUCUCACGUGUUUACCUCCGGCACGACGUUCUCGCUCUCGGUAAAUUCUCCUUGAAUCUGAGGAACAUCGCCCAGGACCAAGCGAGAGCUAUCGCUGAAGUUCUGGCGCUGCUUGUGACCAAAAGUCACGCCAUCCCCUUGUCUCUCGAGUAUUUGAAUAGCGCGAAGUUCGUGCCAAAUAAAGACUACGAGCUGAAUCGACUCCAAUCUGGCCUCCUCCAACUGUCACCCGGUACAAUUUUGAUCUGCGACGAGAACGCGCUGAACGCUGGUCAGCUAAAUGACGAUGGCAUCCGUAAUUUGAAAGCUCUAGGAAACAUGAUACAGAAUCAAUGUCUGGAAUACAACUUCGGUUUCCAAGCGGUGGAAUUCCAGACCGACACCCCGGUUCUGUAUCUUUCCCAGGGCAAGAGUAUGGUGAACUGUGAUUUCUACUCGACAAUGCCGGCACCAACCCGACCGAAAGAAGACAUGGCUCAGGUCGUCGAGGAGAUCAAACAGCAGUUGUCCGACGACGUUCUGACGCGACUUCGGAGAUACAUUACGGUCCUGAAGUGGGAGGACCAUCAGCUCUCGGACGAAAUGCAGCAGAAGGUUCAAGAUGACUUUGUGAAGCUGCGUUCCCUCCACAAGAGCAUGACAGCCGACGAUCUUCAUAGCCUGUUAGUGGUGGCGAGAUACGUUUCGCUCUUAGAGGGUGAGAUGGAGCUGACGCCGGAAUGCUGGGAGCACGCUAAAAAUCUCGAAAAAGAACGACACUCUCGGGGUCGAAUGUGA